CUCAUUUCUUGCCCAGAAAGAAAAUGAGCAGAAGAUCCCAUUGACACACCCGCUCCUCCGCUCUCCACAGAGUACUCCCCAACCGAAAGAGCUCGCUCCAGCUCCGCCAAGGCCUUCGACCUCCCGAUUCGCUCGCCGGUUCCGAUCACCGCGCCGGAUUGGAUCGCGCCGGUGAAGGGAAGGGAGGGGGAAAUGCAUCUGUACAAUGCGUGGCUCCCGCCGCCGGUGGCGGAGGAGACGAAGAAGGAGCGGGAGUCGUUCGCUUGGGCGGUGCGGUCCGUCCGCGAGUCGUGCCGCCCCGACGAUCCCGACUCCGUCUACUCCACACUCAAGUGGAUUUCCGUCCUCGAAGCUUUCAUAAAGGCGAAAAGUGAAGUAGAUCUGCAAGACGUGGCUGCUCUUGUGGAUUUUGGCUUGGAAUUGUUCCUUAAAUCACAGAAUAAGCUUCAUGCUCAGGUGAGGUGGGGAAGCAUUAUAGUCAGGGUCCUUAAUAAGUAUCGGAAGAAGUUGUCUCUGAAAGUUAUGUGGCGACCCUUAUACGAUACCCUUAUCCAUACGCAUUUUACAAGGAGUAAUGGUCCCGAAGGUUGGAGAUUGAGACAAAGGCAUUUUGAGACUGUCACUUCCCUUAUUCGAUCCUGUCGGAGAUUCUUCCCGCCUGGUUCUGCCCUUGAGAUUUGGUCCGAGUUUAAAUGCUUACUUGAAAACCCUUGGCAUAAUUCAUCCUUUGAAGGUUCUGGCUUUGUUAGACUCUUUCUUCCCACAAAUAUGGAUAACCAGGAGUUUUUUUCAAUGGAGUGGAUAAAAAAUUGUAUAGACCUCUGGGAUGCUGUGCCGAACUCCCAAUUCUGGAACAGUCAAUGGGCUGCAAUCAUAGCACGUGUGAUUAAGAACUACAACUUUAUUGAUUGGGAGCCUUUCUUGCCUGCUCUCUUUGCUAGAUACUUGAAUAUGUUUGAGGUUCCUGUGGCAAAUGGAAGCGCAUCGUAUCCUUUUUCUGCAGAUGUUCCUAGAUAUACAAGGUUUUUGUUCCCAAACAAGACGACUACACCUGCAAAGGCCAUUGCAAAAGCGAUUGUUUAUUCAUUAAAACCAGGAAGUUCUGCCCAAGAGCACUUAGAGAAAUUGAUCAACCUCUUAGAACAGUAUUACCAUCCAUCUAAUGGGGGUCGCUGGACUUAUUCACUGGAACGCUUCUUGUUCUAUAUGGUUGUUACAUUCCAGAAGCGCUUGCAUUGUGAACAACAGAACUUGGACAAUAAGGGAGCAGCUGAACUGGCCCUAGGGAAGCCAGAGAGAAAAUCUUUUGUCAGUGCAAUGCUGAGAUUAGUUGAUCGUGGCCAAUAUAGCAAGAGUGAGCACCUAUCUGAGACAGUUGCUGCAGCAACUUCCAUCUUGUCUUAUGUGGAACCUUCUCUGGUCCUUCCAUUUUUAGCUUCUCGGUUUCAUAUGGCAUUGGAGACGAUGACUGCAACACACCAGCUGAAAUCUGCUGUGACAUCAGUUGCAUAUGCUGGACGAGCUUUGUUUCUCACUUCUCUAUCAUCCUCUACUGUAAAACUGGAUGACAAUAGCAGUGAGGAGUCCUUUAUUGAUCUUUUGGUGGAGUCAUUGUCUAAUGCAUUACUUGGCAUGGAUGCAAAUGAUCCUCCCAAAACUUUGGCAAGCAUGCAAUUGAUUGGUUCCAUUUUUUCCAAUAUGGCUACUUUGGAAGAUCAUAAUGACGGGUUUUCAUUUACUUCGAGGAUCGGCAUUUCUGAGUGGCUAGAUGAGUUUUUAAUUCGCCUUUUCUUGUUACUUCUACACUUGGAGCCAAGUAGUGUUUUAAAUGAAGGUCUUUAUUCUUCAGCACCAUCAGGUACUUUUCUGGUUGACGAUGGUCCUACCUACUAUUGCAUGCUUGAAGUAUUGAUGGGGAGAUUGUCGAAAUCACUGUAUAACCAGGCUCUUAAAAAGAUCUCGAAGUUUGUCAAAACAAAUAUACUUCCUGGGGCAAUUGCAGAGGUUGGAAUGCUUUGUUGUGCAUGUGUCCAUGCUAACCCAGAAGAGGCAGCUGUUCACCUUGUGGAACCAAUUUUAUCAUCUGUCAUAUCCUCCUUGAAAGGAGCUCCCAACACAGGUUAUGGAGGAACUGGAACUUUUCAUGCUUCCACAAACAAGGAAAAGCCUACUCUUUCUCCAGCUCUUGAAGCAGCAAUUGAUUAUCAGCUAAAAGUACUGUCUGUUGCCAUAAACUAUGGAGGAUCUUCACUUCUAUGUUACCAGGACCAAUUCAAAGAAGCAAUACUUUCUGCAUUUGAUUCACCAUCUUGGAAGGUUAAUGGAGCGGGUGAUCAUGUAUUACGAUCUCUUCUUGGAAGCCUGAUUUCAUACUAUCCGGUUGAUGAGUACAAGUGUACUUUGCUCCAUCCUGAUUCUGCUAUGUUAGAGAAAUGGAUCAGCACAAAGGAUUAUCCUGGUGAUGAAACAUUGAUGGCUCCAAAGUGGCAUAUUCCAUCUGAUGAAGAAGUUCAAUUUGCAAAUGAACUUUUGAAUAUUCAUAUUCAAUCAGCUUUAGAUGAUCUUUUGAAGAUAUGCCAAACUAAGAUGCAUUCUGACCCAGGGGAUGAGAAAGGGCACUUAAAAGUGACUCUGUUGCGUAUAGAUUCGUCAUUGCAAGGAGUUGCAUCAUGCUUGCCUGAUUUCAGCCCAUCCUCCAAAAAUGGGAUGGUCAAAGAUCCAGGUCAUUUGCCAUUCUUGAUAGCUGGAGCAACUGGUUCAACUGUCGGCAGCAGGGCGCUGCGUGAGAAAGCUGCGGGGGUCAUGCAUACAGUGUGCAAGUACUUACUGGAGAAGAAAUCAGAUGACAGCAUUCUUCUGGUACUUGUGAUACGUAUAAUGGAUGCUUUAGGAAACUAUGGGAGUAUGGAGUAUGAGGAGUGGUCAAAUCAUCGACAGGCUUGGAAAUUGGAAACUGCUGCCAUAAUAGAACCUUCAGUGAAUUUUAUUGUGUCAUCUCAUUCUAAAGGGAAGAGAAGGCCAAGGUGGGCACAUAUUGACAAGGCAUAUCUGCACAGUACCUGGAGAACAUCACAGUCGUCUUACCAUCUGUUUCGCACAAGUGGAAGCUUUUCUCCAUCAGAUCAUUUGCUCAUAUUGAGUGAUGAUCUUCUGGAUCUUUCUCUGCAUAGUUAUGAAACUGUUCGAGCACUUGCUGGAAAGUCAUUAUUAAAGAUGAUAAAGAGAUGGCCAUCUAUGAUCUCGAAGUGCGUUCUUUCUCUAGCUGAGAACUUACAGAAUCCCAGUGCACCGGAAUAUGCAGUUUUGGGUUCUUGUGCAAUUCUUGCUUCGCAAACUGUUCUCAAGCAUUUGACCAUGGACCCCAAGGCAUGUUCUGCAUUUCUUAUUGGAGUUCUCUCAAGCUCCCAUCAUGAAUCACUAAAAGCUCAGAAAGCGAUCAAUGAGCUUUUUGUCAAAUACAAUAUCCACUUUGGGGGCUUGUCUAGAAACUUCUUCAAAACAUCAGAUGAUCAUGCAGAUACGCCGGACUUCUCGCAUUUGGUUUCGCAAAUUAGUUCAAUGGGUUUUGAUUCAGUGGGCUUGCAUUGGCGGUACAAUUUAAUGGCUAAUCGAGUUCUCCUGCUGUUGGCUAUGGCAUCUAGAAAUGACCCGCAUUUCUCUUCCAAGAUUCUGAGUGAAACUGCUGGUCACUUUUUGAAGAACUUGAAAAGUCAACUUCCUCAGACCAGAAUUCUAGCAAUCUCGGCUCUAAAUAUACUACUGAAAGAAUCGCCUUAUAAAUUAUCAGAUGAUGAAGGUGCAGGAGUCCACAAGGAAAUGCAAGGAAAUACUACAUCAUCUCUUGAAGGAGCAUUAACUCAUAUAUUCCAGGAAGAGGGUUUUUUUCAUGAAACAUUCAGCAGUCUUUCUCAUGUUCACAUAAUAACUGACACAGAAAGUGCAUCUGGCGGAAAACAGGGAAAUUCAUCUUUGCAGAGUGUAGCAGACAAAUCAAUCACCCGUUUUUAUUUUGACUUUUCAUCAUCAUGGCCUCGGACCCCUAGUUGGAUUUCCUUACUUGGAAGUAAUACCUUCUACUCAAACUUUGCAAGGAUAUUUAAGCGGCUAGUACAAGAAUGUGGCUUGCCUGUUUUAUUAGCACUGAGGAGUAGCCUGGAGGAAUUUGCAAAUGCAAAAGAGAGGGCUAAGCAAUGUGUUGCUGCUGAGGCAUUGGCAGGGGUACUGCACUCUGAUGUUGAUGGCCUCGUUGAAGCAUGGGACAGCUGGAUGAUGGUUCAGUUGCAGAAUGUCAUUUUGUCACAAUCUGUUGAAUCAGUACCUGAGUGGGCAGCUUGUAUACGCUAUGCAGUUACAGGAAAAGGAAAAUUAGGAACAAGACAUCCUGUCCUUAGAGAAAGAAUUUUAGAUUGUUUGGUUAAACCUUUGCCUCUAAACACGACAACUACGGUUGUUGCUAAGCGCUAUGCAUUCCUCGCUGCAGCUCUAAUAGAGUUGUCCCCUCAGAAAAUGCCAGUUUCGGAAGUACAUCUUCACAGUUGCCUGUUGAAAGAAUUGCUGGAUAACAUGUGCCAUUCCUCUGCACAGGUAAGGGAAUCUAUAGGGGUCACCCUUUCAGUAUUGUGCUCCAACUUUCAGCUGUACAGAUCACUUUGUGAAGAUCAUUCACAUGAAGGAGAAAUCAGUGAUGCACAUGACCAAAUUUGGGUCGAAUCUCUCACUAAACAAGCAUCUGAAAUGGUCAUACGGAUUCAAUCUUCUGGCCAGUCUGACGUCUUGGGGAGCUCUAGCACUACAAGUCAUGAAAAUGGUGGUUGUGGAAAUAACUCGCAAGAGGAUGUUAAGUGGAUGGAAACGUUAUUCCACUUCAUAAUAUCAUCUUUGAGGUCUGGAAGAUCUUCUUAUUUGCUUGAUGUACUGGUGGGGUUUCUUCAUCCUGUAAUUUCCUUGCAGGAAACAUCACAUAAAGAUCUGUCAGCAUUGGCAAAGGCAGCUUUUGAAUUGUGGAAAUGGAGGAUUUUCUGGAAGCCCAAUCUGCAGAAGGUGGUGCAUGUAAUUCUUUCUUCAGUCAAUGAUCCUAACUGGCGGACAAGAUCUGCUACUUUAACGUAUCUGAGAACGUUCAUGUACAGGCACACUUUUAUUCUCUCUUUUACAGAGAAAAAGCAAAUCUGGGAAACAGUGGGGCGACUACUCGUAGACAACCAAGUUGAGGUAAGAGAGCAUGCUGCUGCAGUGUUAGCAGGCUUGAUGAAGGGAGGGGAUGACAAUUUAGCUAGUGAAUUCCGUACUCGUGCUCUUGCAGAGGCAAAUGAUACGUUGAAAAAGAAAAGGAGAAGAAAUAUAAGCUCUGGUCAAUCUAUCGCUUCGGUGCAUGGCGCCGUACUUGCUCUGGCUGCUUCUGUGUUAUCAGUCCCUUAUGAUAUGCCGAGUUGGCUACCUGAGCAUGUUACGUUACUGUCGCGAUUUGCCUGGGAGCCAUCUCCCGUGAAAUCCACCGUGACAAAAGCAGUUGCGGAGUUUAGACGGACUCAUGCAGACACAUGGACUCUUCAGAAAAAGUCGUUCACCGAGGAGCAACUUGAGGUCCUGGCCGACACUUCCUCCUCGUCGUCCUAUUUUGCUUGAUCGACAUUACUUUUCCGUUGGCAAAUGGACGGUACACAAAAACAACAGGAUGAAGUAUAACAGCAUAGAAGCUCAGCCUCAUUUAUAUAGGUUUGCUUAUAGAUGUCUUGUAAUAAUCUGCAACGUGCACUCAGUUUUUCUUACUCCCUAUUGUAAUAGUUCAUUACUGCCUUUGAGCGUAGGUGGCUUUUAACUUCCUCUCCUGUCUUCUUGUUUAAACUCUAUACUAUACCAUUGCAUCCAUUGGAUCAUCAAAUUCAGAUGGUAAAA